AACCUGUGCAGUUUGCCUAUUGUGAAACAGUUUAGUGAAAAGUUUGGACGAUUGGAGUGUUUAGAGAAAAUCUUCAGUAAUGUAAUCAAAUUGUGGUCCUGAGCAUGAUGUACAGUAAAUCCUACAUAUACAGGAGUAUGGUAACCGGGUAAUGGCUGGAGGGGCAAUUCAUUAAAAGUCAAGUCUUCCUGCAGAGGAUAGUCCUCAAACUGAGUGUUAUGAAGUGAUAUGAAGGUGUUAUACCCUUGCAAGUCUUCAAAUUCCAAUGGACUUUCCAAAGUGAUCUGAAACUUACAAAAAAACAAACAAACUAAAGCAGAGAUCAAGCAAUUCCCAUCAUCAUGGAAAUAGAAUCUCACCAGCAAGAAUCCCUUCCAGAUACCAAAGCAGGUGGCACUUAUCCUGUGGGGAAUUCUACAGAGCUCCUGCAGCAAGGAACCUUGGAAAAGCCACCCGGCACAAGGGAUGGAGUUAAUGGUCCUGUUGUGAAGCCUGGCGCGGUGCCGAACGGAGACAAUGUGUCAGUGGGUUUGGGCGCUGCAGGGGAGAACUGCUCCAAUGGCCCCUUGCCCCCUCACCAGGACACUAGUCCCUCGGCCAGCCCACAGAGGGAAGAGCCCUCCUCAGGUGUGGCUGCUUUCCAUCACAACCUAGCGAAGUCUCAGGGAGCUAAUUCUGAGGGCACUGUUCAUAAGAGCGAAGCUUUGCAGUCACUCAAACUAAGUCUACCUAUGCAAGAAACUGAAUUAUGCUCUGUGGAGCCAUCCUUGGAGCUGGAGAAUGAGGAGCAGAUUCGACUCGCAGCCCGCCGGCGCCUGGAGGAGCAGCUGAAACAAUACAGGGUCCAGAGGAAGCAGGAGAGGUCUCAUCACUCGACCCCUAAAAGCCGCCUCUCCAGCACACUAGACCCAGAGCUGAUGCUGCACCCUGACAUGCUGCCCAGAGCCAGCACCGUCUCGAUGACCAAGGAGUACUCCUUCCUGCGCACCAGCGUUCCCCGGGGGCCCAAGCUGGGCAGCCUGGGGAUCCCCCCGCCGGCAAAGGAGAAGAAACCCGCUAGAUCCUCCCGCUCCAGCAAGAUCCACUCCUUGGCAGAUUACCGAACGCCGGAGGCCGGCGGCGCUGCUGGGGGGAGCUCCAUGCUGUCCUCCGGGGAGGCCUCCGUGGGGUCCCUGAGGUCCAACUGGAGCUCGUCCUCCAUCGUGUCCGAGAUCAGCCUGGCCUCGGAGACGGAGGAGAAGCUGGAGGCCUCCUCCCAAACCGGGGACGGCGCCUGGGAGGCGGACGGUAGCGAGUCGGGGUUGAAACAGGACGGCAACGACAGCGACAGCAGCUCCUACAGCAGCGCGUCCGCCUCGGGGACCUACGGCCUGCUGUCGGCCGUGGUGAGCGCCCAGAAGGCGCCCUACACUGUGGACGGCAGGGAGGUCCCGCUGGAGGCUGUGGGGCGGUACCCGUCUCUGCAGGAAGUGCUGCAGUCAGCCGCGGACGAGCAGCAGCAGCUGGCGGCGCAGGAGCAGGAGCUGAACGGAGAAGCGCGCAGCCGCCGAGACAGUUUCUCCAGCAGCGUCUCUUUGGGAAGCUCGGUCAUGGGAAGUCAUGAUGAAGUGCUUCAGGUCUUGAAGGAGAAGAUGAGGCUGGAAGGGCAGUUGGAGUCCCUAUCUUCAGAAGCUAAUCAGGCGCUGAAAGAAAAGACAGAACUUCAGGCCCAGCUGGCCUCGGUCAGCACCCAGCUGGAGGCUCAGAUCGAGCUGACCCAGGCCAGCCAAGAGAAGCAGAGCUCCCUCAGCUCGGAGGUUGGGACUCUGAGGCAGAACUGCUCCGAGCUGGAACGUGCCAUGGUGGAGCUGCAAGGCAACCUGGAGAGCAAGAAUGCGAACCUGGUAUCGCUGAGCAAUGACUUGCAGGUGGCAGAGGAGCAGUACCAGAGGCUCAUGGGAAAAGUGGAGGACGUGCAGCAGACACUGGUCUCCAGGGAUAAUUCUGUCCAGGAGCUGCGGCAGCAGAUGGGCGCCCUGCAGGCCCAACUCCAGCAGGUGCAGCUGGAGCGCAGCGCGCUGCAGACGCGGCUCAAGACCUCCCAGGCGGAGAUCGCCUCACUGCAGGCGGUGCGCCAGUGGUACCAACAGCAGCUGGCCAUAGCCCAGGAGGCACGGGUUCGACUGCAGAGUGAGAUGGCCAACAUGCAGGCCGGACAGAUGACUCAGAUAGGAGUGCUGGAACACCUGAAGCUGGAGAAUGUGACACUGUCCCAGCAGCUCACAGAAACUCAGCACCGGUCCAUCAAGGAGAAAGAGCGCAUCGCCGUGCAGCUUCAGAACAUUGAGGUGGACAUGCUGGACCAGGAGGCAGCCUUUCGCCAGAUCCAGGACGCCAAGUCCAUGGUGGAAGAGGACCUUCAGCACAAACUGGAGGAGUUUGAAGAGGAACGGGAGCACCUCCAGAAACUGGCCAACUCUGCCAGCACCCUGGAGAGGGACUUGCAGCAGGUGAAGCUGACUCUGUCCCAGAAAGAUGCGCAGCUGGAGGCCCUGCAGCAGGAGCACCUCGAGCUGAUGAAGCAGCUGACCGCCACCCAGGAGGCCCUGCACACCAAGGGGCAGGCCCUGAACCAGCUGGAGGCCCGCUACCAGGAGCUGGAGGCCCAGCUGAACGAGCUGCAGACUGACUCCACUGCCAAGGAAGAUGCCAUACGGUACUUGCAGAAUGAGAAGAUCGUCCUGGAGGUGGCGCUGCAGGCCGCCCGGGCGGACAAGGAGGCCCUGGAUGAGGGGGUGCAGAGGCUGGGGGAGGGUACCGAGGCGUCCUCCGAAAUCCUGGAGCAGCUCAGGCAGGAGGUCAAAGUCAAAGCCACGCAGAUUGAAACCCUACAACAGGAGAGCAGCACACUGAAGAAGCAGUCUCAGAAACUGAAGGAGCAGUUUCUUCAACAGAAGGUCAUGGUAGAAGCUUACCGCCGGGAUACCAGCUCCAAGGACCAGCUGAUCAGCGAGUUGAAGGCCACAAAAAAGAAGCUGUUGUCGGAGGUGAGGGGGCUGAAGCAGGAGCUCCUGAGCUCCCAGGGGGAGAGGAAGGCGGCAGAGCUGGAGCAGGCCAGGCUGCAGAAGGAGGUGUCUCGGGUCCAGCAGCAGAUGAGCAGUCUGGAGGCUCAUCUACAGGCGGUGCAGAGCGAGAGAGACCAGCUGGAGACCCAGAUUCAGUCCCUGCAGUUUGACCACAGUCAGCUGGCCGCUGUGACACAGGAGAAUGAAGGACUGCGAAAGCAAGUGGAGCAAAUGCAAGACGAAGCCAAAAAGGCAAUCACAGAGCAGAAGGUCAAAAUGAAGAGGCUGGGGACUGACCUGACUAGCGCUCAGAAGGAAAUGAAGGCCAAGCAUAAGGCGUACGAGAACGCUGUGGGCAUCCUGAGCCGAAGACUGCAGGAAGCCCUGACAGCCAAAGAGAGCGCAGAGGCAGAGCUGAACAAGCUCAAAGGCCAGAUCACUGAUGGAGGAAACAACCAGGCCUUGCUGGAGAGAAUAGAGGCGCUGCAGACUGAGCUUCAGACCGUGAGCCACAGCAAGGCCAUGCUUGAGAAGGAGCUGCAGGAAGUCAUCUCCCUUACCAGCCAAGAACUGGAGGAGUAUCGGGAGAAAGUGCUGGAGUUGGAGGAUGAGCUGCAGGAAUCCCGAGGGUUUAGGAAGAGGAUCCGACGGCUGGAGGAGGUCAACAAGAAGUUAUCGCUGGACCUGGAGCACGAGCGAGGGAAGCUGGCCGGGCUGGGACAAUCCCAUAAUGCACUGCGGGAGCACGCCAACAUUCUGGAGACAGCCCUGGCCAAGAGAGAGGCGGAUCUGGUUCAGCUUAACCUGCAGGUUCAAGCCGUGUUAAAGCGGAAAGAGGAGGAAGACCAACAGAUGAAGCAGCUGGUGCAGACGCUGCAGUCCGCUUUAGAGAAAGAAAAAAAUACGGUCAGGUCUCUCAAGGAGCAGGUGGCAGCAGCCAAAGCAGAAGCAGCUCACAACCGCCGGCACUACAGAGCAGCCAUGCUGGAGCUCAGCGAGGUCAAAAAGGAUCUCCAGGCGAAAGAGCAGUUUCUUACGGCACUGCAGACUGAGGCACAGAAACUCCAGGCUAGGGAUGAGGCACAUUCCCAGGAGGUGUCGCAGUUCCAGCAAGAGCUGGCAGAGGCUCGCUCUCAGCUCCAGCUUCUACAGAAACAGCUGGAGGAACAGCUUAACAAGCAGCCUCUAACCAACCAGGAGGUGGAAGAUCUGAAGUGGGAGGUGGAACAGAAGCAAAGGGAGAUCGAGGCUCAGAAACAGCAGCUGGAGAUGACAGAGCAGUGCAGCCGCAGGGAGAUGGAAAGCCUGCAGGCAGCUCUUCAGGGCAUCAGGGCAGAGUUGGAGGUGGUGCAGGAAGAGCUGACGGGCAGCAGAAAGGACAAGUUCAUGCUUCAGUCCAAGGUGGUUGAGCUGAGGCACAGCAUGAAGACUCUGCUGCAGCAGAACCAGCAGCUCAAACUGGAGCUGAAACAGAGCCGCCAGAGGAAGCGUAUGGAGCUCAAGGGCGAGACAAACGCGUCAAACCCCCUGACUCCAGUGAAGAUCCCAGACUGUCCUGUGCCGGCCUCCCUGCUGGAUGAGCUGCUGAAGCCCUCGCCUGCAGUGAGCAAGGAGCCCUUGAACAAUCUGCACACCUGCCUGCAACAGCUCAAGCAGGAGAUGGACAGCCUGCAGAAACAGAUGGAGGAACACACUGUUACAGUUCACGAGUCCAUGACGUCGUGGACGAAAUUGGAAGGACAGCUCGUGGGCCUGUCGGAGCCUGAUGGCAGCCCCCCGGCCGCCGCACAGCGAACGGACAGCUCGGCUCCGCCGCAGCCCCCCUCCGAGCUGGGCCGCGCGGCAGCCGGGGGCGAGGCCAGGCAGCAGUCGUAACGGCGCGCAGGGAAAGAGGUUCACCCACCCGCCAUGUCGUCACCUCUGGCCCUCGCUGGUUUAUGUGGGUGUUCGAAUGUUGUUGUUGUUUUUUUUUUAAAUGACCAUUUCUGAGAAACGAACGGUUCCCCAGUCGUACGCUCCAUGUGGAGGGGCAGCAUUUUCCGAUUUCGUUCAGCAAACCGAAGUGAAUAAUUAGACAAAAUGGCCAAAAAGUGUUCCGAUGUUAAAUCGAAACUAGAACCCCUCAAACCCCUGUCAUUUCUUCUUAUUUUGUACUUCUUUGAAUUUUUCUGUUCAGGAUUUAGUUCAGAAUAUUUUGGUUGGAUGAUUCAAGAAUUGUAAAGGCUUAAGACGAAACGUACAAUUAGGAACACUUUUUGCACAGAGAGGCCCCUUCUUGUGGCUUAGUCAUACUGUUCUUCCUAUCUGAUGUGCCUCAUGGAUGAGAGGGGUUGUCCACAGUCUGCCCUCAUUCAGCUUCACGUCUCGGUUGUUCACGUUGUCAGCUUCUUGAAUCCAAGAUAUCGCUAUCCAUGUGUUUCCAGUUUCACUCCAGGAAAGGAGUUGAGCUUUGAAACUCCAAUAUCGGAAGACAAGGCUCUGGUAGUUCAGGGAAUUUUCUUUCCUCGUUUCUUUCGCAACUUACGGCCAGCCUUUCAGAGCUCAUUUACAGGACUGUAUUACUGAUUGCUGUAGACAGUUUAUUGCAUAAAUAUAAACCCAGACCAAAUAUAGUUUUACCAUCUUAAAUUGUCCAGAGCAUCAGCUUUUUAGUAUGCUGCUAUUCAGCUGUACACUGAUUUUAUAUGUGUAUAUUUUCUUUUAUAUAGGUUGAUGUAUUUAAGGUCUAUGUUUUGCCCAGAAUGGUAUUAUCAAUGACUAUGGCAGUGCCAUAAAAGCUAGGGAAAUCUCCAUAAACACAUCAAGUUGAGUAAUUAGCUUUUCGAAUGAAUUUAUUCUUGUAAAAAAAGUUAGAUUUAGCUAGCCAUCAGUUUAGAUCUUAGGGAAUAGCUUGCUGUUUGGCAGCAUAAAUUGCUACCUAAUUUAUAUGAAAGAUAUUGGCUGAAGUUGCACAUGUUAUGCAGUAGAUGGCAUAACUGACCUAAAGAGAGAGAAAUCUUUAUGCUAAAAAUGUUGAUAUACUUUAAGUCAGAGGUACUCCUUAAUUUAUUGCAUUUAAUUGUUUGUUGUUUUUCCGGGUCUUUAUUUAAAAGAAUGAUUAUCAAAGGUUUGUUAUUUCUCAUGUUGUUCAUAUAUUGUUUCAUACAGCCUUAAUUAGUGUUCAUUUCUUAGAAAAAGGGUUUCCUGGGUAGUCUUGUUAGUUGAAUAUCCAAUGUUACAGCAAAGUUUAAGAGUAUGAUGCACAGUACAUUCUUUGCUUUACUACUACUUUGUUUUCUGUUUUAUUUAAAACUUCCAGUGAAUUUAAUAAGGUAUGUUAUGUACUUUGAAGGACACGAAUGAGAUGGGGAGGUAUUCAGUGACCUGACAGGUUGACGUUCUUAUACAGACAUUGAAGUGUUCUUGUUGGCCUUGAAUAUAAACCUGCUGCGCUCAUAUCAAAUCAACAUCGAAAACACUUACACUGUGGUUUCAAAAACUGUGGGUGCUGAUUUUUUCUAAAACUUUGUUUUUGCCUGAGCAAAACUUAUGUCCGGAGACUGUACUGCUUAAUGUUAGUCAACAUGCCAAAUUUACAGUCCUGUGAAUGUGGAAUAACACCAAGAGCAGGACAGUGCUUAAAGGCAUUUUUCUUAUUCUUAUUUAAAAGAAUAGCUGUUAGUCAGGGGCAAAGCGGCAACAAACAUCGAAAAGAAGACUGCACCCAUACAAUGGUUUGAAUUCCAAAGGGAUUUUUUUUUUUAAUUGAGUGCUAACUUAUAUUUUGGCACAAUAUUCCAUAUCCCUUUACAGGUAAUGUUCAAAUUCAAUACAGGACUGAUGCCUGAGGAAGACUGUUUGAAACGCUGUACCGUAAGAUAAACUCAGUAAACAUAACUUUGAAAUUCAAACCACUGCUUUUAUAAAAAAAAACAACAGGUUGAGAUUCUUUUAAUGUAUCAAGAGUGCAGAAAUAGAGAAUAUACUGUAACUCUUUGAGAGCCACCUCUGUCUUACAACCACUGGAUAAAAUGAAAUCAUUUAAAUAUCAGGAUCUUUUUAUGAAACAUUUGUUCCCUCUGGGACAUGUCAUCUUAUGAUAAAUAUACCCCACAAAGACAUGAGAUUGUUAUAAUCCUUCUUCUCGCAUAAAGUAAUGUACCAUAAAUACAGGUUUUAAAUGAAUGAAACUGCUUUAUCGGUGAGUUUCACUUUGUAAAGAUUGUUCUUAGAAUUAUUUCUUACAGGUGGUUUUCUGAUCAAAAGGUUUUGUCUCUGAUCUUUCAUUGUAGCUACACUUUUGAGUCUUUCCUUGCCUGUGUCCUUGAGGAUCUACAUGUACUUUAACAUGAAACUGAGUAUGUAACCUCUGUACCUCUUAUCUCUGUCGAAACCUGUGAUGGUUUAAUGAAUCUUUGAGGUUCAACAAAACACUGUGUCUAAAUAAUGCCAAAACUGCUUUGGAAAAAAGAACAGUGGUCUUUUUACUGUUUUAUACAUUCAGCUAAAAGGAGUACAACUGCACAUUGUGAAACUGCUUCCUUGAAAUUCUUGUGACCCGAUAAAGUGUAUUUAGCCAAUAACACACCUGUAAAAGCUUUUUUAAGACUUUGUUUAAAGACAAAAAAAAAUCAAGAAUCCUUGUAAAACCAUGACACCUAUAUAGCAAAUAGCAAACAGGCUAAUGCAAUUUUCUGACAUGUUUUUUUUAACAAACUGAAAACCGAAAGGGAGAAUUUCUUUCUAGCUUGCUGCUAUUUAUAUUCAGACAAAUAUCCUAUAUCUUAAAAGUAUGCUUCCUGUUGUUUGUUUACUCAGUGGGGAAUUUUGAACCAAGUGUAUGUAACUGGGCUCGUGUACUCGGUGUGUUCCAGGGGUGACGUCAUGCCCCUUUGAAAUGUAGACACUGCCACGGCAGGGGAGCAGUCUUUGGGCACAGUGGGGUUAUCCUCUGCCCGGAGAGUGGCACUGUAUGUGCCCAGCAGGGGCGUCCAGAGUAGCUUUUGUCACAUGUGCACACUAGUCCCUGGUGUUUUUCAGUCCGAAACUGUACAAGUAUGAAACCUCCUAAUGUUUCUUGGUUUCGCAAGAAUCCAAAGGACCAAGAGGAGAAAAGAAAAACUGAAGUCUUCUUUUGCCCAAAGAGACAGCAAAUGGGAAACUGACACCUAUUGUCUUGAUUUCAGAACAGGAUGCUGCAAACUGUUAAGGGGUUCUGCUGUUAAUACAGUAGUAUGGUUAUCAUGUACAUAGUUCAUAAAAAUAUUGUAAUCCCAAUAUUUCUACGAAAAGAGUUCAUUGUUGGCUUUUUUUGUUGUUAAGUUACCUGCGUUUGCAUAAGCUUUCCUGAGCUUGAGGAAGUCAGUGGCAGGUUAACACAAAUGGAGAGCAUGUUAAAAUAACUGCAGAUUAAUUCUUGGAAGUUCUGUGCAAUAAACUAUUUUUUGGUAAUGUU